AUGGCCCCACAAACACUUCUCAAAGACCUCUCUCCGGCAGAAUGCGUCAAGGCUCUUCGAGCAUUCGACGAGGAAGCUCGUGUUACUAUUGUUGUCAAGGACGAAAGCUAUAACAUGCCCAAAAAACUUGCCUGCUCGAGCUCGAGUUACUUUGAUCGGGUUUUCAAUAACGGGUUUCGAGAAACCGCCGACUUAAAAGUUCAACUGGAGGACGUCGAAAAAGAACAUUUCGAUCUUGUCAUGCAAUGGAUUUAUACUGGAUCUGUCGACUUCGAUUUUGAGCCACCACUCACGCCUUCAUCAAAACAUCUCUUUACGCCGGCUUUUUCAAGCUUGCGGAUCGGAUUGAUCUCUGUGGGAGUUUCCAGUUGUUGUACGGCGAGGUAG